CAAAGCGCCAAAGACGAAGCAGAAAAACGGAAGUUGGAGGAAGUAUGAAUGUCAAACGGAGCAUGGUGGGCUUCGUAAAGAUGUCAGGGUACAGCUUGUUUAGGAUAGUGACAAACACAAACAACGCUACGACGCUGCUGUGCAGGACGAGCAUACUGAGCAGAACACAGACCUGCGGAUAUGCCAAGAAAGUUGUGGCCAAAGGGAAAGGCAAAGGCAUGGUGAAAGAAGAGUUUAAAGCUCCAGAGGUGUGUAAAGACCCCAUCAGACUUACUUCUUAUGCAGUAGGGGUCAACAUCUUCAAACAAGGAGAAGACCCCCAGCUAAAGCCACCUGAGGAAUAUCCAGAGUGGUUGUUCAAGUUGAAUCUGGGAGAGGUUAAAAAGUUGCAUGAACUGGACACGGACACCUGGGAAUACUGGAAGCGUCUGAGGAAGGAAAACAUGUGGCGUUUCAACAGACUACAUAAAGGGAAGAAGUUUUAAGCCUUCACUGGGCUGGCAGAGGACUUCUUCCUGUAUAUCAGGUUGCUUCCAGCCUGUGUGGACUGAAAUGGCUGACAUGGUGUUUUCACCUUCCUGAAUGAAAAAUCAUAACUCAACUCCUUGUCAGUUCCGUCAGUUAUCUAAAAAUCAUGCAGCAUAUUCAGUGACCCUCUG